AUGACUCGGGAACCCCUGUCUUGGCUCGCUCCGGACUCAUCGGUGGCCUCCGCCGACGAGGAAGACACCCUCGUGAGGCGCUUUGCCAUAUGGAGGGAUCCAUUGCAGCCGGGCUACAAUGUCCUGUCAGAUGAGGAGCGACCGGAAUUCUAUGCUGAAAUGACUUUUAAUGAGCACUUUCAACAACUCACCCUUCUUGACCUGCACACCCCCUCUCCAGACAUUGCUGUAUCAUACAUGCAUUGGGCUUCUUGGAAGAUACAUAUUCGCUUCAAUAACCCUAAUAAGCAGCACGAAACACAUUGGGAAGAGGUGGAGGAGGAGAAGAAGAAGAAGCAGAUAUACUUAACGUGGCAAGAUCACAGCCAGGAAGAGUACAGAUGGACAACGUUUCUCCCUCACGGAGGGACUGCGGAGCUCCUUUGGAUAACGAAGCAUACUCGGGGAAUGAACCGCCGGAAUUUUACACUUCUAGAUCAGAGGACCAAUGAGGUUCUCGCCGAAUUUAUUAGCGAUAAAGAUUUGCACAUGGGUGGCGUGUUGAGGAUAAAAACACGUGGGAAGGGAUUCGAUCACUGUGACCCCAAGAUCCUUAUGUCAUUCUUGGCUGUGUAUGAAACGCUGAGGAGGCGAUCACAUCGCACUAUGUAUACAUCUUCCGAGGGCAACAAAUUAAGUCACCACCUCAAAAUGCCUAAGAGAGGACCUCGUUCGGCCCCUUCGCAUCACAUGUUCGACACACGCCUCCAUGAACCAAGAUCUGCCUCGUCGCAAGCGCUGCCCAUCGCCUCAAUGAUGACGGCAACGGAAGAAGCAAGUACGGCGUCUUCUGAUGCGGCAACUCCUGCUCGUCUUCAGGCCUUCCGCUGCUUUGAACAAACCUGGCACCGUCUCCGCUGGAAGCUCAUAGGCCUUAGUGAUUCAUAUCGUCGCACUUCAAUACCCUUGGCAUCCGGGUUCACCUUGAAAGAUGCAGAGCGUAAUUUUAAACUGGAUUUCGAAGGAUUCUAUGCAUUAAUUGAACAGGCUAUUGUCAAUUUACUACACAUUUUCAGGGUCUCCGUGCAAAGGGAGACAAGUAAACCAAAGGUUGGUGGACUUCCGUUGAAUGGAUGGUCACGUCACUCUUACCAUCAUGACGUGUUGAAAGCGCUGGAGGAAAAUGAUUCACUGCGCGCUACUCUAGGAACAGGUAGUGUGAAUCAGGCGUUGUGGCAGGCGAAAGAAUUGAGAAAUAGAUGGAAGGACCCGGGAGAGUCAGAGGAGGUGUUGUCGAUGAUGUGUGAUGUGCGAUGGAUUGUGAUGGAAAUAAUGGGGGGGUUGGAGGCUGUGUAUGCUGUUGCUCUGAAGGAGGUUGAGAUUCCGAUGGGGAAGCAGCGCGAGCUUCGACAGGCAGGAGGGGGCGGUGCCGGGGACCCUAUGGAUUGGGAAAUAGCAGGACAGUAG